GUGCAAACUGCAGCGAUGUCUGUGGUGCAGAGCAAGAGAAGGGGUAUUUUGGAGAGGUUGAAUGCUGGAGAGGUGGUUGUAGGCAAUGGAGGUUAUGUGAUACAACUGGAGCGACGUGGAUACCUCAAGGCGGGACACUGGACACCUGAAGCUGCGGUUGAAUAUCCUCAAGCAGUGAGGCAGCUGCACAGAGAGUUCCUGAGGGCCAGAGCUGAUGUGCUUCAAACCUUCACCUUCUACUGCAGUGAGGAUAAACUGGAGUUGAGCGGCAACGUCACCGAUAUCACUGGGGCCCAAAUCAAUAAUGCAGCCUGUGACCUGGCCAGAGAGGUCACCAAUGAGGGAAAUGCAUUGGUCGCUGGGGGCGUGUCCCAGACACCGUGUUAUCUGAACACUCACAGUUCAGCUGAGGUCAAGGCCAUCUUUAAGAAACAGAUGGAUGAGUUUCUCAAAAAGGACAUUGAUUUCUUGAUAUCAGAGUACUUUGAACAUGUAGAAGAGGCCGUGUGGGCAGUGGAGGUGUUGAAGACCAGCGGUAAACCAGUGGGUGCUACACUCUGCAUCUCCCCUCAUGGAGACAUGGAUGGAGUUCCUCCUGGAGAUUGUGCUGUCAGGCUGGUCAAAGCUGGAGCUGACAUUGUCGGAGUAAACUGCCACUUGGACCCUCUGACGUGUUCGGACGGAAGCUGGAUGAAAGAGGGAUUGGAGAAAGCCGGUCUGAAGGCCCAUCUGAUGAUCCAGCCGCUGGGUUUUCACACUCCAGAACAAAACCACACUGGAUAUGUCAGCCUCCCGGAGUACCCCUUUGCGCUGGAGACCAGAGCAAUGACCCGCUGGGACAUACAUAAAUACGCCAGACAGGCUUGUGAUGCUGGAAUUCGCUACAUCGGUGGCUGCUGUGGCUUUGAGCCGUACCACAUCAGAGCGAUAGCAGAAGAGCUGGCUGCAGAGAGAGGAUUCCUCCCAGCAGCUUCAGACAAACACGGACUCUGGGGUUCUGCUUUGGCGAUGCACACCAAACCCUGGGUCAGAGCCAGGGCUUGUCGAGAGUACUGGGAAAACCUCUGGCCUGCUUCUGGACGUCCCACAUGUCCUUCCAUGGCCAUGCCGGUUGAUGAGUAAACCUGCAGAAUCA